AUGCAAGACGUGGAUCCCACGCAGGCUGGACGCGUGGUCCAGUCCUCUAAGUCGCGGAGCGCCCGGCUGCGGAGGUGCCUGGCACCUGCAGGGGGCGCUGCUGCCCCGCGGUUCCUCCCGCGCCAGGGCACAGCGGGCUCUGCAGCCUUCGUCCCCGGAGGGGCCUCCACGAGGCGCUGGCGCUGGCUGCGUGGAGCUUCCCGUCCUUCGGCCCAGAGAGGAAGUGCAAGCAGGCGCCCUCCCCUGCCCCCACCGCCCGCCUCCCCGCGCCCCUCCACCUCCGCUCUCCGACCCCGACCGUGCUUCCCAGACCCUUUGUUCUCCAGGCGCUGGGAAACCGCUGGGACUCGUUUGGGCCUGAACCCACAGCGCCCGCCGCAGGUCACAGAGGACACCCUCGGACCUUUGGCGCACGGUCCCGGCACAGCCUCUCUUCGUGAGGACCCUCGGCAGAGCCCCAGAGGGGAGAGUGGGACAUUGUGUGUCGCGCCCAGGAGUCUGAUUGCAAACGAACGCCCUCUCCACCCCACCCUCGGCGGCGCCACCCGCGUCGCCCCUCUGCCGCGCGUGACCCCAAGGGCUUGGGCGAUUGUGUCUCCCUGAGUACAGUUACAAUUGUG